UGCAAGGGGUGCGGGUCGACCCUCUUUUGAAGUCGCUCCGCCCCGUUCCAGAGCGCAUGGGCCAAAGCGGUUCAGCCCUAAACAAAAGAGGGGCGUUAGGUUGUGAUGCCGAUCGACCCCAAUCGACCCUGGCGUCGAUCCAACGCCAGCGCCGCCGCUCCUUCUCCGUGCUUUGCUUCUCCUGCCCGGCACGACUUCGCCGCCGCCAAAAAGGAGGCUCCCAAGGCCGGCCAAUUAAGCCCGCAACCACCAAGACCAUCGCUGCCAAGCCGGCCAAGGCUGCCGCGAAGCCGAAGAAGAGCGCCGCCACAGCCAAGCCGAAGAAGACCGCGGCCACCGCCGCCGGGACCAAGCGCAGGGCGCCGGAGGAGAAGGUCGUGGCGAAACCGAAGAAGUCCCCCGCUGCGAAGCCUCCUGCUUGGUAUCGGAUCUCAAGAGCUGCCUCCGUGAUGGUGAUCCAAGUUACUACAGAUGGUAGCUACUUCUAUGAAUUGCUUGGGGCACUGUGGAAUGUUCUUUCUUGCUGCUGCAAUUUCUGACUUCUAUGUUCCAUGGGAUAGUAUGGAUUCAUCCAGGAUACAAAAUGAUUUAUGCUGAUGGUAAUAGUGAGCUGAGAUCGAUGGUGUUUAUCUAAUAAAUAUUCAGAUCCAUGGGUUGAUCUUGUAGAGUGCAAAAAUGAGAGACAGUUCAGCUGUGUUGUGCAUAUGAUCCAUUUGUUCAUUUCUGAAACUUCAUUUUCUGAACAUGCUUCUCAUAUGACUUUGUCAGGAAAUCUUUUCUAGGACUGAGUUAAUGUUCGUCUCAGCCAGACUUGUUGGAGUCUCUGUGAUUUAAGUAGUAUUUCACACUUUGUUAUUUGAAAUUACAUAAUAUUUUGUGAUUUCUAUUCUAUGUAGAUUAACAAUUAGUUAAUAUGCAAAUGCCAGCAGCUUUAAGUA